AUGAGCUGCUGUUCUCGUGAUUCCGAUCGCUGUGCGCUCGUCCGCACUGCGCUGGAGCCCGCCCUCUUCUGGACCGUGGCGGCGUUGGACUGGAUGGGAAACCUGCUCGUUCUAUGGGUUUACCUGUGCAGGGGGCGUGGCCUGUGCCACGGGGGGGGCCUUCUCACUCACUCAUUUUUUAUACCUGUUACACCUGUGUGCGGAGGACCUGCUCUUCCUGUCCACGCAUACCUCUGUGGGCUCAAAGCGGUACUGCAGGCUGGAUCUACGGGGAGGGCGUGUGCAAGGCAACGACCGCCGUUCUCAGGUCAGGACUGA